UGUCAGUCAGUAGCUUAAAAAUUAUUGUCUUAGCAGAACUUGUGUGUGUUAGCCUGGCAAAGUUGCUGGAGUGAAUAAGCUAUAUAGAUUAAUUUGCUUACAACGUACAGUUCUGUUAUGGAACUGGACAAAAUGGACGAGAACGACUGGAAAUACCACGGAGAGGGCAACAAAAGCCUAGUGGUUUCUAAUGUCCAGCACGCCAGAGUCCUUCGGCUCCUGAAGUAUUCUACAGAAGAUGCCGAAAACUCGCAUAAGACAACAGAACAAGCUUUUCGCCACAUACAGAACAUAGUUGACUAUAGUCAAAAUGUGAUGAAGCCACUGCUGGGGGAGAAAUUCGUCCACAACGGAGAGGCUGUGAAGCUCCCGCUGGACUUUGUCCGACAGCUGUCAUUGAAGGUUCAGCGGGAAAGGCCAGAGUCUCGCUGUGACAAAGUGAUGGAUACGUUUAGUGGAUGUGCCUUGUGUCUGCCUAACCUCACCCAGCUCUCCUCCUGCUGCUGCUGCAGAGAACACAGACCUCCUCUCUGUAUAGAGAUUAAGCCCAAAUGUGGAUUUCUGCCGUCCUCGAGAUACGUUACGAAAGAAAUCAAAAACCUGGUGUGCCGCUUCUGCAUGCAUCAACAUUUUAAGUUGGCCCAUGGGAAGUGGAAACGGCUGAGCCAGUACUGUCCCUUAGACCUGUUCUCAGGGAACAAACAGAGAAUGUCCCUAGCCAUCAAGCACUUGAUAGAGGAACCUCAAAACAACUUUAAAAUCUUCAAGGGUGGAGAGUGUAUCUACAGCUGUAAGGAUGAUGCUGACGUGUUGCAGGACCUGGAUGAAUUGGCUCAGCAUCUACGGCCGUACUUCCUCCCUAGUGGCAGCCUUAUGAACGGACACCAGUCCAGUAAGGUGGUUCUGAAUGAGUUGAUCCAGGUGAUCGUGAGUGCCCUGUUGAGCUCCUGGGAUCCCAGGAAGACUCACCUGUCUGAGGGCAGAGUGAGGUGUGAGGCCAGCCUCCUGCACCGGGACCUGCUACGCAACACUAACCACAGCCUACCCAAAGAUUGCGUCCUGGACAAAAUUCUGGGGACUCAGAUGUUGGAUGAUUUAGACAUUGAGGGGUUAAACCCCCUGUUUAAACGAGUGGAGCAGCAUCUACAGGACUUUCCUAAAGAGAGAAGUAGCUUUCAGAUCGACGGACCGUACAGCCACAGCUUCCUGGAGAAGAUCCAGAAGUGUCCGCCUGAAGACGACGGCUCUAUCGAGUACGCUGUCGGAAAGGUCCACCAGUACAGAGUUGCCAUGACAGCCAAGGACUGCUCUAUCAUGAUCACCAUAGCAACCUGUGGGGAGGAGGACGGGUUGGACCAGAGCCUGGAGAUCCAGCCUUCGAAGCCUCGCUUCACCUACUCCGUGUCCAUCCUAGACCUGGACCCUAAACCCUACGAGAGCAUCCCUCACCAGAGCAGACUGGACUCCAAGAUAGUCAACCACUACCUGAGGAGCACCCUGCCCAACAACCAGGAACUAGCCAAUCAGAGUGUCUUCCUGGGCUGGGACAGAGAAGGAGAGGACUGUACUCUGGUGUUCCAUCCUGUAUAACCACUCCCUCUGCUGUCUGGCCUUCCCGCUUGGUGUUACCUACACUCUCCAUCCCCCGUACCCUAACCCCCUCCCCUAACCCCCUCCCCCGUACCCUAACCGCCUCCCUCCCCCGUACCCUAACCCUCUCUCCCCCGUACCCCCUCCCCCUCCCUCCCCCGUACCCUAACCCCCUCCCUCCCCCGUACCCUA